CAUCAAAUCAUGUAAUUAGUGCACCACGCCCCCCUAUUUCCAUUCCACCACAUUCGCCAGAAAAACACAUACACAAAAAAAAAACGAAAGAGGAAGAAGAGAGAGUUGGCUGCUUAUCUGAGUUGCUGUGAUGGAAGCGGUGGCCACCACGGGGGCGGAGACGCCGAACCUGUCGACGCCGGCGACGCCGGGCACGCUGUCGUACGACCGCAAGUCCAUGCCGCGGUUCAAGUGCCUGCCGAUGGCGCCCAACGUCUCCGUCCUGGAGAUCCCCGCGCCGGACGUCUCGCUCACCCGCAAGCUGGGCGCUGAGUUCGUGGGCACGUUCAUCCUCAUCUUCUUCGCGACGGCGGCGCCGAUCGUGAACCAGAAGUACGGCGGCGCGAUCUCGCCGUUCGGCAACGCGGCGUGCGCGGGGCUUGCCGUGACGACCAUCAUCCUGUCGACGGGGCACAUCUCCGGCGCGCACCUGAACCCGUCGCUGACCAUCGCGUUCGCGGCGCUCCGCCACUUCCCCUGGCUCCAGGUCCCCGCCUACGUGGCCGUCCAGGUGCUGGGCUCCAUCUGCGCCAGCUUCGCGCUCAAGGGCGUCUUCCACCCCUUCCUCUCCGGCGGCGUCACCGUCCCGGACGUCACCAUCUCCACCGCCCAGGCCUUCUUCACCGAGUUCAUCAUCACCUUCAACCUUCUCUUCGUCGUCACCGCCGUCGCCACCGACACCCGAGCCGUGGGCGAGCUCGCCGGCAUCGCCGUUGGAGCAGCCGUGACGCUCAACAUCCUUGUGGCCGGGCCGACGACGGGAGGGUCGAUGAACCCGGUGAGGACGCUGGGGCCGGCGGUGGCGGCGGGGAACUACAGGCAGCUGUGGAUAUACCUGGUGGCGCCGACGCUGGGCGCGGUGGCCGGCGCCGGCGUGUACACGGCGGUCAAACUCAGGGACGUCAACGGCGAGACCCCGCGCCCGCAGCGGAGCUUCCGGCGCUGAUCGAUGCGCGCACACAACUCCGAUCCGUGCGUGUCCGGUUGGUCGCUGAAUGCUGAUCAACGCUUACUUAUUACGAUCUCUCUGGCGAGCUGCAACUACUACAUACAGUAUUACGAUUACUACGAUCAGGUAUGAUCGGUCCAUUACUACGAUUUCCAGUUUCCAGUGAGACUGCCUUCAUCUGUGUCCCCUGAUGUAAUAAACCGAGAGUCGCUCUGCUUCGUUCAGAACGGCGUGGACUUUGUGUUUCAGUUAAUUUGUGAACCAUCUGCGGUGUUCGCCGCUCGGUCGUGUCGUGUCAGUUCCAGUGUCAAAAUAAACGCCGAUGCGCCGGCUGACGGGCAUCAGGCCGCGUGAAUGUACUGUACCAAAGACUCCUUUGAUUAAGUCGUAUAUUGUAUGUCUCUGUAUCCAUCUACAGUUUCACUUUCUUUACGGAGUGAAUUGCACAAAACAUCAA